CUGUCCCCAGCCGUCAGGGACAUCCCGCUCCCUGCCAGAGCCACCCACCCCCCCUCUCAGCACCCCUUGCCGCGUCGCCCCCCAUCUCUGCACCCUUUCAGGGUGCUCUAGCAGGUUGAAAGCUGCUCUGGUGGCCUGGGAGAAGCCCCCCCUCUCCCCCAGCACCCCCUUUUCCAGGGUGACCAGGACGAUUUCAAGUGGCUUCAGGCGUUGGGACAAACGCAGCUCUGGGGGAAUCCAGCCUGCUUUCAGCAUCACCGCCGUCUUCCCUGGGCCAGUGUGUUGGGGGCAUUGUGAGCAUAAGUUUUCAGGCUGGUGAGAUAGCCCAAACGUUGGCAGCGCUGGCUCCUGAACGUGGGGCUGUCGGAAGGAGCAGGCGGGGAGAAACACAAGGUACCGAGACCCGGAGCACCUUUCCCUUGAGGUCUGUCUGUGCCGUCGCCUGCUGAUGCGCCCACUCUAACAGCGGCCGGCGGGGCCCUUGGCAGGGAGCGUUUACUGGGAAGCACGAUGAAGAUCGUGGUCGCCAAAGUGCUGUGUCUGAUGGGCAUCUGUGUCCUCAUGCUGGCUGGGUCCCUCCUGCCCGUCAAGAUAAUUGAGGCUGAUUACGAGAAAGCUCAUCGCUCCAAGAAGGUCCUUGCCCUCUGCAAUUCUUUUGGAGGAGGGGUCUUCCUGGCCACCUGCUUCAACACCUUGCUGCCUGCCGUGAGAGAAAAGCUCAGUGAAGUUCUCAGGCAGGGGAACGUGACCACGGACUACCCGGUGGCUGAGACCAUCAUGAUGGUUGGCUUCUUUGUGAUGGUCUUUGUGGAGCAGCUCAUCUUGACCUUCCAGAAGGAAAAGCCCUCCUUCAUUGACUUAGAGACCUUCAAUGCUGGUUCGGAUGCCGGGAGCGACUCUGAAUACGAGAGUCCCUUCAUCGCAUCUUCCCGAGGACUCACGUCACACAGUGAACACAGCUACCACUCCCACAGCCACGGCUUCAAUAUCCAGGAGCUCUCCCGCUCCAGACCCUUACGGCUCGUCGGGCUGGUGUUUGCUUUGUGCACACACUCCAUCUUUGAGGGACUGGCCCUGGGCUUGCAGGAGGAGGGCAACAAAGUCAUGAGCUUGUUCAUAGGAGUUGCCAUUCACGAGACGCUGGUAGCGGUGGCACUGGGCAUCAGCAUGGCCAAGACCUCGUUGCCACUGAGGGAUGCUGCGAAGAUGGCUGUGACGGUGAGCCUGAUGAUUCCUGUGGGCAUUAGCAUUGGGAUGGGGAUUCGGAGCACCCAAAAUGCGGCCAGCAAUAUUACUUCCCUGAUCCUGCAAGGCAUCGCAGGAGGCACUUUCUUGUUCGUCACCUUCUUUGAGAUCCUUGCGAAGGAGUUGGAAGACAAGAACAACCGUCUCUUGAAGGUUCUCUUCCUGGUGCUGGGCUACGCAGCUCUGGCUGGGCUGGUCUUCCUCAAGUGGUGAGCACAGGAGUGAUGGGAAGCAAACCUCCCCUCGCAAACGGCACCGGCGAUGAGCCGCCUCUUCAGCCAAGGGGGACGCUGAAGCUCAACAUCCAAGUGAACCAUCACGGUCCAGGCAGUAUUUCUGUCUUGACCUGAAGAAGGAGAAUUUCUUCCUGUGUGCUCAGAGGGAGAUAAAAAUAAGGAGUGUCCCAGUGUAGGUGUCACAAGGUACUGUCCCUGCCCCUUGGAUCUGUGGGUGCAGCAGCUUCAGUGGAGAUUAGUAGAUACAGACAUUAAGAAUCUGGUUCUAAGGCUGCCUUCAGAGCUUGUCAAGCAUGUGGUCUCCUGUUAAUCUGCCCAGCCAGCCCCCUCGCUUCUUCCCCCCACACUCAUUGCAGAAACUGUGGUUGAGAUUCUGCUUCCUUCGUUCUCGGGCUCUGAGAAGGUGAGAAACAGUAACAGAAAUGAAGUCAAAGGCAGGUGGGAUCACGGAUUGCACAGCUGCACUAAGCUGCUUUUGCUAGCUUAGUUUUGAGCAAAACCUGGUUGUAAUAGCUGCCAAAAAUAACAUCCCUUCUGGGGCCGCGUGGUGUGGCUGAUGCCACCGCUCCCCCUGAACGGAGCUUCCAUUUUAACCCACAAGUGGCUCUGGGAGUUUUUGUUUCUCAGAGUGAUUAACGGUAGAAAUGAGGCCGGGCCCCUGUCCUGUGCUUCGUUCUCUGCAUCUCAUCCAUAUGUUGAGCAUUCCCUAAAGAAAACCUCCAGCAGCCUGUUAGUGUAUCGUUUCAAACUCCUCCUGUCCCUGUCUGAAGGCCCUUCCGCAGCACCCGCAGAGCCCAGGACCCAUUAGUUUGUAAGAAACAGGCAGCAGCGAUUUCCAGCAUUAAUAUUUUGGGUCAAGUGCUUGUGUUUAAAUAAUCUGCAGUGAAAUGGGUUUAGCCAUCACCAUCAACCACGUCUUCAGGGCUGCUCCCAGAGCCUCUGCUCUCUCUGGCAGCGGGUGCACGGGGCCGUACUGGUCCCAGGGUGUUUUGUCGGUGUUUUCAAAGGAGAGAAAUCUCUUCCCCGGUGGUUUAUGAGGUUGUGGAAAGGCUGAUUAGAGGCACUUUGCAACCUGACUGCGCACAAGCAGAUCCCUUCUGUGUCUCCAGAGCGCGUCCCCCCAGGGAAGCUCAGCCUGCUGCAGAUCCCAUCGUGAUCCUCCGGAUUUGCUGUCUGAGACGAGGAGCUCAGAUCGGGGGCUGGAGCCAGGAACCUGCCCUCCCCCGGCUGUAACGCCUGCUCCACGGCCCGGCCGGCUACCGCCGCUGCACUGCUCGCCGGCCUCUCGCGGGGGAUGCAUUUUAAUUAGACCUAGCCUUCGCUUCUGCAGCGGCUUCCGCAGGCAGAGCAGAGCUUUUGGACGCGCUGAUGGAAUUAUAACAAUGUGGAGCGGGGCUUAGCUGUGGCGCAGUCCCUGGUCGCGUGAUCCAAAGCGGGAAGAAGGGUGGGUGAGACACUGAAGCAGCAUCUUGGAGCCAGUGGUUGGCACAGCUGCAGCAUAUGGAGGCUGAUGAGCAUCAUCUGACGGUUCCUGGUGCUGGCUAUUUUAAUUGCUGCAACAUACUAAAGUCAAUUAAUCUUGCUUUGAAAAACCUGGACUGGAAGGGGGGGCGGGAGGGUUAUUUUAGGCUUCAGAUGACACACAUUAGCAGGGCCUGAUGCGAAUGUAAUUUGCCUGGAGGUGGUAAACCUCUGCGUGUUAUUUCAGUUCUGGCAGGCAGCUCGGGCAGGGCAGCAUCGCUCCCCUUAGGCGCUGCUGGGGGUCCUGAGUGGGUGGGAUGCUGGGUUGUCCCUUUUCAGGCACAGCCACCAGCUUUCUGCCUCUUUGUUUCUGCAGCUAACUCUUUCCUUGUAGGUUUUUUGUUUGGUUGUUUUUUUGUUUUGUUUUGGUUUGUUUUGUUUUCCCCCUGUAUCUGGGCAAAUGGGAGCAGCUCCCUGAGUCUUGCCAAAGGCAGAGCCCCAAGGGCAGGGUCUAUCCUAGUGCCUCCUUCCCCCACCUCAUCUUCCUCCCCCUGGCCCCAUCGGCAAUCCAGGGGCUGAUGUAUUAACGCCAACAGAUGCUGUUGAGCAGAGAUUUCUUCACUGGUGCCCAAAAGAUCGGUAGGGAUCUGCUAAUGCAAGCAGGGAUCAGGGAUCCCUCUGGGGUCAGUGUGACUGGGGGGGGGGGGACCAGGCUGGAGCCUCCAUUUUACCCCUUUUCUUAUUCUGGGGGGGGUCUUGGCUCAGGGCUGGCCAGCGGUGCAGGGGAGGGGGGGGCUGUGAAUUGCUGUGUGAGGCCGAGCUGGUGCUCUGGGGGUGCUGGAGGGGGGGUUAUUCCCCUGUGAGAGGCAGCAGCCAGCACUCCAUGGGGGGGUUUAGGAGCUGAGAAGGAGAAGCCCCAGCUCCUGCUCCCAAUAAAGGCUCUGGCCUUGCC